AUGCACACUGUUUGCCAUUCAGUUCUUCCAACUUGGAUGGUAGUUUUCUCUAUCUUUAGCGUUUCACCACUUGUUCUGAAGUGCUUAACUGCAUUAUUUUUAAACACUCGUUUUCAGGUUGAGAGUUUUCUUACAAGCUUGCCGUCUGCGGAAAUUCCACGUGGUGAUGCUGCAGAACGCGCUCGUCGACGACGUUUGCGUAAACAAAUUCCCCCACAAGAUCUAGAAGAAGCAUGGGCACAUCGUCUCCGUGAAGCGAAUCGGUUUAAGAAUUCGCGUAAUCGACGUGAUUUCGGUAUCGGUAUGGUUGAGCAUAUGAGUCAAAGUGCCGAACAUCGUACUCUGGAAGCUAUCGGAACGACGCCAUCUAGCGAUUCCAGCGAUCUGGCACCCGCCUGGCAUUUAGGAUGCUUCAGAUGUGCAACUUGUGCUGAUCACUUAGUUGACCAUUGCUAUGCUUGGUCUAAUGGUCGGCCGUACUGUCUAAGGCACUACGGUCAACUUAUCCGACCUCGUUGUGCAACCUGCGACCACCUUAUUUUCUCCGAGGAAUACACUCGUGCCAUGGAUCAGGAACACCACACCGGACAUUUCGCUUGUCGCUCCUGUGAUGCAUCCCUAACCGGUCAGCGCUAUAUUCUACGUGAUGACGAACCGCACUGCCUGGGCUGUUAUGAGGCCAAAUUUGCAAACACAUGCGAGCAGUGUAAAGAAAAAAUCGGUUGUGACUCCAAGGAUUUAUCAUUCAAGGAACGACAUUGGCACGAAAAAUGUUUCAAGUGUUCCGCUUGUGCCACCUCGCUGGCUGAUCGUCCAUUCGCGACCAAAGAAGAACAAUUGUACUGUUCCGAUUGCUAUGACGAGCGUUUCGCCGCACGAUGUGAUGGUUGCCAGGGUGUAUUCAAAGCCGGCAUGCGUAAGUACGAGUAUCGGGGUCAACAGUGGCAUGAGGAAUGUUUCCUGUGUGUCGAAUGUAAACAACCCAUUGGAGCCAAGAGUUUCAUUCCCCGAGAGAAUCAGGUUGUCUGUGUUCCGUGCUACGAAGCGAAAUACGCGCAGCGUUGCACCAAAUGUGCUGAGGUCAUUCGUCGUGGUGGUGUAACAUACAAAGGAAAUCCAUGGCAUAAGGAAUGUUUCACGUGCACAAAUUGUACGAAACAACUAGCUGGUCUCAAAUUUACCUCGAAAGACGAACAGCCCUAUUGUGCCGACUGCUAUGGCGAGUUGUUUGCGAAGAAAUGCACAAAAUGCAGCAAACCAAUUACCGGAUUUGGUGGCUGCAAGUUUAUAUCUUUUGAGGAUCGUCAUUGGCAUUCGGAAUGCUUCCUUUGUGGCAAAUGCAAUUGCAACCUUGUUGGUCGGGGCUUCCUGACUAGUGAUGAUAUGAUCAUGUGCUCCGAUUGCGGUCGUUAA